AUGGGGUUUUCACGCUUUUCCACGUGCCCAAAAUGGUCUUUCUCUUCCACGGUGUUUUCCACGCUGUGGAAAAGAUGUGGAAAAGUGCCUGUGGAAAAGUCGGACCCUUUCUUGCACAGCCCUAAGUUGAGACUCUUUCUGCCAGCACUGCUGACACCAUUGGAGACUCAGGCAUGUUCAAGGAGGAGGGACCAUGCCUUCCUGACAAUCCUUUUGAUCCCUUCAAACAUCAGCCUGAGUCCAGCGGCAGAGAGUCUGCUCAAUGGCAAAGCUGCGGCCUGCUACAAUGCCCAGCGCACAAGGCUCUUGCUCAAUGGCACCUUCGACCUGCAACUCAUUCCUGAGCACAAAUUCUGUGGCAACUGGAAGGCAUGCAACUUCUUUGACAUCAGAGUUGGCUGGCCCCAGGUGCAGAUUCUCCAAGCAUGGUUGGGCUUUGAUGCAGAGGAUAGGGGAACUUGCCGCUCCAAAGAAGAGCUAAUCAUGGUGUCAAAGGCUCACUUGCUUGGCCCUGAUUGCGAGGCAGCCUACAAAGAAGACCUGCUCUACAUGGCCGGGUUAAAGGAGCAGAUCACCUUGGGAGGCUUUAAGCUCUUCAUUACUGGCCUCAAUGGUAAUGUCAACUUCAAGACCCUGGUGGUGAAUGCAAUGCCAGCUAUGGAGAAGCUGAGAUAG